UUCGCUGCAUUUCUUGAUUUCAAAACUUCCAACGUUCGCGUUCUUUUUGUUGUUUGCCUGUUUGUGUUUCGGUGCAGCUGCUACAUUUUUGAAUGAUGAAAAUGUUAAAAAAUCUUGUAUAAAGCUGUUCAAAGUUAUUUUCUUUUGUUUGCCUAAGUGAUUGUUGAAAAAUAAACUGUGUAAUUUUUUAAAAUGGCUCCACAGCGUGAACCGAUUAGUGUGCGUACAACUCGAUUGAACAACUUAAUCCUUAACAAAACUGGUGCUACGGCUGCAGCAGGUAAUGGCGCCAUUCAGAGGAAGUCGAUAGCAGCGGCCGGACGUCGAAGCGCAUAUGGCGCCGCUACGGUCAGUCCUGCUGUCAUGGAGGCUGUGACUCGAGAAGGACUUCUUGAUGCAUUCAUUUUAUUAUACAAUGAAUGCAAUAAGGAUCCGCUGAAAAAACGUGAUCGUAAUAUUGCCGAAUUCGUUAAUAAAUAUCGACCAGUAGUAGAGGAGACACAGCAGCUGCGUGCGAAUGUGGACGAUUUUUCAGUUAAGACGCUGAUAGGUAAGGGGUACUUUGGCAAUGUGCAUUUAGUCAUUGAAAGGCAAACAAAUGAUGUCUAUGCCAUGAAGAAAAUUAAAAAAUCCGUAAUAACUACAUCACAAGUGAAAGAAGAGCGCGACAUAAUGGCUCGUCGUUCUUCCGAGUGGAUAACAAAUCUCCAAUACGCGUUUCAGGACAACGACAAUUUGUAUUUGAUAAUGGAAUUUCUUCCUGGCGGGGAUCUACUAAGUCUUAUGUCUAGAAAUGGGCCCUUUGAAGAGGAACUUGCACGAUUUUAUUUAGCUGAAUUAAUAAUGGCUAUUCAUUCCCUACAUGAAAUGGGUUAUGUGCAUCGUGAUAUCAAACCAGAAAAUAUAUUGAUUGAUCGCUUUGGUCACAUAAAACUGGCAGAUUUUGGCAAUGCAGCGGCAUUGGAUCGGGAUGGCCAUGUAUUUAGUUUAUCACCGGUUGGAACGCCUGACUACAUAGCUCCCGAAUUAUUGCAAACAAUUUCUACAUAUAAAUUAACGAAGUCAAUGCAUGAUGUCAGCUGUGACUUUUGGUCGUUGGGAAUCAUUGGCUAUGAACUCAUUUGCGAGGUAACACCUUUUCAUGAGGAUAACGUUCAUGAGACUUAUUCAAAGAUUUUAAGUCAUUGUGAAGAUAGUCACUUAAAGGAGAUUGUAACUUUUCCGGAAGAUCUGAAAGUAUCUGAAAACUACAAAAAUCUUAUUGGUUCCCUGGUCACUAACCCAACCAACCGUCUGUCGUUUGAAAAAAUAUGUCAACAUCCUUUUUUCGACUGCAUCAAAUGGGAAACAGUGCGUUCACAAAUGCCACCCAUAAUUCCAACUGUUAAUAGUGACGAUGACACUUCAAAUUUUGAAGAUGUAAUCCGCAAUAAGAGACGCACUAACACAUUCGUAAAAAAGUCACUCACCACGAAUAUGCAAUCAAAUGAAUUUAGCGGCAAGGAUCUUCCCUUCAUAGGUUAUAGUUUCGUGCAUAUGGCAAAGCAAAGUGCCGAUGCAGAAGGUGUUGCCGAUGACACCCGAUUCAGUCGUUUGAACACAAAAAUAAAAGAUUUGCAAGCAAAUCUCAAGGAGCGUCUUGAAGAAAUCAAUAAACUCAAGCAACAGCUUUUGCGCGCCGAGCAAACAGCUAAGAAGUCGGAUACACAAUCUAAAAUAUUGCAAGAUGCAAAAGAAGAAAUAAACAAAAUGAAGAAUAUAAUCAAGGAGAAAACAAUGGAAUUGGCAGCUUGCAAAACUAAAAUAAAAACUCUACAGAGUUCAGUUAAAGUAGAAGAAGAAAUGUGGGAGAAAAAGGAAGCAACUAUAACCGAGCUUUUACGUGUAAACCGCCAAAAGUAUGAAGAAGCUAAGAUUGCAUCCGACCAGCGUUAUGAGAAAUUGAUUUCAGAGAAAAAACACGAAUUGUCAAACAUUGUGCGCAAGCUAGAUGCGCGCGAGACUGAAUUGAGUGCCAAGACAGAAGAAUGUAAGCAUCUGCAAGAAAAAAUGGAAAACUACAAGGAAAUGUUACGGCAAAUCAAAGAUCAAGCAAUUGCCGAUAAACAAGGAUUCGAGCAAAAUAAAAUGCAAUUAAGUGAAACAUACGAACAAAAAUUAGCAGAGAUGCGUUCGAAGUUGAGACAUGAGAAAGAUUCUCGCUCGCGCCUUACAAUGGAAUUGCGUGAAGUACGUAAUGAGCUAGAUGAUUCGAUAAGUUCUUCGAAGUCGACCCAAGAGGCGAAGUUGGCUACAGAAAAAAACAACGAUGAAAUAUUGAAACGGUUGAACCGUGAGCUAGAAGCGAACAACAGAUUACAUGCGCAGAAUUCUCAACUUGAACGAGAGUUGGGAUCCGCACAAAAGACCAUACACGAACAACAGAUUGAGAUUAAUCGUCUUGACCGAGAGCUGAAUGUACUGGAGUGUAGUAAAAACUUGGCUCAGUCAGAACUAGCAACUCAACAAUCUACGCCCUACGAAACCGCGCCAGGCUCAUUAACAGAACUACAUGUUAUCGAAGAGCAGCUGCGCGCCGAUUUAGAAGCAGCAAAAGAAAAUGAAAAUACGCAAAAGGUGCGGGCCGACAAGCUACAAGCGAUAGUUGAAAAGCUGGAAGAAAUGUUGGAGAAAUUCAAUGAACAAGCACUGUCACAUUCACCGCUCAAAGGUGGUGCAAAUGGAAACAAUGGUGGUCCACAUGCAGCGCCUCGCCAUAUACCAAGCAGCGUCGGUGACAUGCUGGAAAAACAGAACGAGAAACUAGAAGAUCGUCUGGCGGCUGUACGCGAACAAAUGAUUGUCGAGCGACAAGCGGCACGCACCGCUAAUCUUUCGUUAUGGAAAGUUGAGAAAAAAUUAGAAGAAGCGCUUACUGAUAGGAAAAUGACGCAAAGACGAAUGGAAUUGACUGAGGAGAAAAUGAAAAAAGUGCAAGCGGAAAAAGAUGACGCACUGCGUCAAUACAAAGAGGCACAGGGUGAGACAAAACAGCGUGAUGAACGUAUACGCGAGUUACGCGACGAGAUAAAUUCAUUGAAGCGCGAUGUGAUGAAAGAGCACCGCAUGUGGGAGAAAGCGGAACAAGAACGCAUGCAGUGUAAAUCGGAGAUUAUUGAACAUAUUUCCAAUGUUCAAAAGUUAGAGGAACGCCUAACAGAACUACGCCAAAAACAUCAGUCAAUUCAGCAGAAGAUUGAUGCACUAUCGCUGGAAAAUAAACGCUUACAACGCGAACUCAAUGAAGAGCGUGACAGGAGCAAUGCAGCAUGUGAUGUAUCAACCCAAGUUAAAAUCGAGUUGAAAAACUUACAAGACAAUUAUGAGCGUCUCAAGUAUGCCUGCACAAUUACCGAUAACCAACUCACUGAAGUGGAAAGUAUGUUAGAAAGCGAACAAAAGCGUAAUACGACAUAUCAAGAGAAGCUUGAUAAUUUAAAUGUGACACUGCGUUCAAAGGACGACACCAUAGCACAACUUCGCAAGGAAUUAUCAGAAGAACAGGCAAAAAAGAGGGCUUCUGAGUCGCGUGUAAAUGCGCUCAGUGCUAAAAUGAAGGAAACUGAUGAAAAUUUGGCUGAGACACAGAAAAAGUUAAUAGCUCAGCAGCAACAAUUGAUGGAGCAAACUAACAAUUUGUUCCAAUCGCAAGAGCGCGUUGAAGUCCUCACCAAUGAGGCUUCCAGUUUGCAAGCAAUCAAUGAGAAUCUCGAACGGGAAUUGACUCUGUUAAAAGAAGAAAAUGCGCGCAUACUUUCUGAACUUUUCCAUGCCAAAGAAGAUUAUGAACGCUUGCAGCAGGAGCUUAGACACUCGCUUGCAAAUGCAAAUGAAUUACACACAGAAAUUGAAGAGCUUCAAGAAAUAAUGGCAGAGAAGGAGUCUUUCUAUGUGCAGCGCGACAUCAAAUCCGAAGCAACAUUAGCGCAGCACAAGAAGUUAAUUGAUUAUUUGCAAUUAAAGGUUGAAGAUUUAUCUCAAAAGAAGAAGCUAACAUUAGCAGAAAAAAUCUUUGGGAGUGGCGCACAUAGUAAUACUGGCAGAAAAGAGAAUAUAUCACCAGCCGCAGUUGAAGCAUCGAUAUUAUACCGCACAUUGCAGGAGGAGCUACGCCGUGAAAAGCAACGUUGCAAAACACUGCAGGAGCAGAUUGACAAAAUGAAUGAUGUCAGCAAAACCAUUACUAGUUCAACCGGCGGUAUGAGAUCACCUCUUAAAAGCCUUCCAAAAAAUGAAGAUAAUAUACAACAUGAUGGCGGUACAAAACCCGCAAGCACAUUGUCAAAAUCGCCAUGUAAACAAAGUCAGAAGGGUGGUAACGUAAUUCCCUCUAAUGCACACCAUAAUUUCAAGAAAGAAAGUCAAACGCAUCACCGUUUCGAGUUAGCCCUGCAAGAGACCAACAGUAGCGCAAGUAUUUGCAUUGCGUGCCAGAAGCCAUUAGUAGCCGGCUCACCGUACUGGAAAUGCAAAGAGUGCAAAGUUGCAGCACAUCGCAAAUGUCGUAGCGAUGUGCAAACACCGUGCGGAGAUGAAUCCAGCAAUGCUCCGGUACAUAACGCAAUUGCAACGAAGCACUGCGCUGAUCAAAGUGAUUUAGAUUCGCUUUCGAAAUACUCUUACGAGGGUAAAUUAGAUGACAUUGAAAAUAAAGCUGACUCUUCUUCCGACGCAUCGAAUGCCGAAUACGCCGGUACUUUGAUAUUCAGUGUAGAACAGCAACAUAAUGGUCCAAAUUCAGAGCCAUUGGAAGUCAAUUGUGCCUAUGAAAUCGAAGAUCAGAAGAUUGUGCUCUUGGGUUGCAAUACAGGUCUCUUCGCACUGCAUAUUCAAAAGCCACAGCGACUAAUGCACAUUGCGGGUAUCGAUUCGGUUAGCAGCAUAGCUGUUUCGUUGCCUCUUGCCAAAGCUGUGUUGGUUGGCGCACGAGGCGAGUCGUUGUUUCAAUGCGAUUUCCGUCAGCUGAUGUCACGAAGUCAAUCCUCAACGUCGUACGUGAAGAGCACUCUGGAAGCGUCUGUGCUAGAUUUGCCAUUUUGUAACCGCGCCACUAACGAAAAAUGGCAGUUGGUAAAGAUAUCAUCAGAAGCGGAGAAUGCAUUGGACUCGGUGGCCAUAGCUGCAACAUCAUCACGUAUUGUAAUUAUGCGUUACGAUUUAAAGCAACAAAAAUUUACACCUGUGCGUGCACUAGAUACCGCUACACCCGUAUCGUCCAUUAUUUUUACGCGUCACACCGCCAUCGUUAGUUCGGAUAAAUUUUUCGAAAUCGAUUUGGAAACUUAUGCAGCAGAAGAAUUUGUUGACAUGGCAGAUCAAUCGCUGUCUCACAUACGCAACUGUCAGCCAGUUGUAGCCAUUCGUGUAUCGCGUCAAGAGUUUUUGCUCUGCUUUAUGGAGUGUGGUAUCUUUGUAGACGAAUACGGUUGUCGUUCCCGACCGUAUGAUUUGAAUUGGGAAUAUACUCCUACUGGUUUCAUAUACCGCGAACCAUUCCUCUAUAUUGCACAUUUCCAAUCGGUACAAGUGUUGCGGGUGUACCGCUCCUAUACAAAUCAGUUGGUUAGCGCUGGUGGCAAUAAGGAUUUGGAUGCAGAUGUCGACGACAGUUGCCCAGGCUUAAAGCGCAUUUAUUUCACGUUCUAUAUGCCCACACUGCUGGCAGAUAGCGGAAAAUUAAAUGUUUACAUGCUUGCCAUACAACGAAAUACCGGUUUACAACAGAUAUACCACCUGGAUGCAUUGCAGGCAUUCAAGCGAAAACUAAAUGAAUCGGUGGAGACGAUUUCAUCGAUGGCAACAUCUAUCACCGCCGGCUCCUUUGCCACAACUAAUCCUGAUAGCACCGAUUAGAUUUGUUCUAUUUUAAUACUCGUAUGUAAUAAUUGUCAUUAAAAUAUAUACACUACAUAGACAAGAAACAUUUUACUGCUAAAAUACCACUAGUUUAUAAAUAUUUUAACGUUUUGAGUUUUUAUAUUUGAAAAUACUACAUAUGUACGUAAAUACAUAAAUAAAAAUGGAUUUUUUAGUGUAUGUGCAAGUACAUUCCUACAUAUAUCCAAA